UCCACUCUGUACGCAACCUUCUGCCCGAUUUCAUUGUGCAAAGGAGCGUGUUGUUGGCGCAUUCGGAGGUCAAGACCGAAUUGGUAGAGAAGGUGAUUCUGACUGCCUGGGCGGAGACGGUUGCCGCUAGGAAGAGGGCGUCGGAGAGCGUGGGGGCGUAUGCCCUCGUCACUGGCGGUGAUAACCGUGGUGGCGGGGGCGGGAACAUGGGGGAUAGGGGGAAGACGAGAGGGCAACGGAGGACGGCAGAGCGGCAACAACAGCAACAAACGCAGCAGCCACAGCAGCAGCAUCAGCCGUACUUCGACCAGCAGCAACAGCGGGGUUGGGGAGGUCCCUCGGGCGGCCAAGGUGCGAGCUACGGCGGAAGGCACGGGCCCCAGCAUGGGGGCCGGGGCUUUUCUCGAGGAGGACGUCAUCAGCAGCAGCCGGCAGGAGGAAGAUUCGGGGGGCGUGGGACCGCUUCCGGUGGGAGGGGCAGGGGCCCUUUUCACCAGGGACCGCCGGGCAGCAACCUCCCCGCCUACCCUGUACCCUAGCGGGGCUACGACUACAGCGCCUACUCCCCCCACAUGUACCGCCCGCAGGGAAAUGAACCUCCCAUCCACCCGAAUGACCCUCGCAAGCGGUCCGCGACUUAAUUGGCUUUNGGCCGGCCACGCCGCUCGUCUCGAGGCACGCCGCCUGUUCCCCAAGAUCGACCUCACCCCCGGCUUCGGACGCGAUGGCGAGCGACUUUGGCUAGAGUCGUGUCACUGGGCUGCCGGCGGCUUCAACCGUUCUCCGACCAAGGCAAACGUCGGGUACAAGUCGCCGCACGAGCUCUUCACCGGCCACCCGCCCCCGCUCCAGAUCGUCCCGUUCUUACAGCCGGGGUACAUGCGUGUGAUGCGCGCGCGGAAGAUGGAUCCCCAGGCAGUGCUGUGCUGCUACCUCAAGAACGGCGACAACCAUCACGACUCGGUGGUCAAGGUCCUCAAGUUUGCGACGGGGCGCGUGUGCAUGACGAACAACGUCGUGCGGGUCUCCGACCGCGCGCCGUUGCUGACCCCGUCGCUGGAGAUGCCGGCGCCGGCGGGCGAGGGGGGGGAUUCGGAUGUCGCCGCCGCACCGUUUUUAAUAGAGUACAUUUCACCGCCUCUGUUACUCCCCUCACCAUUCGUCCGAUAUCCCACUUCACCCGCUGCCAUAUCCUCACAGGCGCCGCCGGCAACUUCCACAUCACCAUCGCCGGCGGCGCCGUCUACCGCAGCCACACCAUCGCCACCGGUCACCGCGCCGCCUGCAUUGCCACCGUUCACCACCACCGCGCCGCCUGCCACGCCGCUCGCCGUCGUGCCACUGCCUCCCGCCGUCGCGCCGCCCGGUGCCGCGCCAUCGACCAACAUGCCGCCGCUCACUACAAGGACCAUCCGUGAACUGGACGUGGGGCGCGGGGACAUGAGGGUUUCUUGGCGCACGAGGGCAGCCGCUAAGGACCAAGGGGGGGGGCGGGCGUCGUCAAUGCCGCUCCUCUCUGCCGGGGCCAAUCGAGAGCUGGACAUGGGACGAGAGACGCGGGUGCCAAUGAGAUUGAGGGGUCGGGAGGUGCGUUUCCAGGAUGGGGGGCCCGAGCGGUCGACGUCACCUGGCGGGAGCGGCGAUGCUCCCGCCCACCGCUUCGGACUUGUAUCCCUGCAGGACAAGGCAACGCUCCUGUCGACUCU